AUGAGUUACAGCUACCUGGGCUAUCACUAUCCUCCUGACGGACCCGAUAUCGAGGAAUCCUAUCAGGUGAGCUUAUGGCCAUAUGUUAUUGACGAAACUUUACAAGAGCUCUUCAUCAAUCAGAGCUGUGUGAAGUCUGAUCAGAGUGUAGUACUGAGGGAUACUCUCGGCGGACCACCGUGUUCACUGCAUGAUGAUAUUUCGCAAGAAUAUUACUUUGCCGAUCAGGCCGAUGUACAGCAAGUGCAACCGAAGUUUGAUCUGAAUGAGGUUGUAAUGAUUCCUAAUAUUGCUGGAGCCUCCGACGGUUGGAUGACGGACCCCCUGGGCCCAAACCGCGUACAAUUCUUUCUUUAA